GUAGGUUGCAUACACCUAAAUUACACUUGUCGCUAAUAUGUGCUGUUGCAAUUGAUAUUGUGCUCAUUAAUCCAAAGAUACCGCAUAGUGGAACAUUGGACUGUUAUUUUGGGCUAGUGCCAUGUGAAAAAAAAGUGCGAUUUUAUGCUCAUCCAAUUCAAAUACCUGUCCCCGAAACAUGGUAUGCUAUCAGUGUUAUUUACAGCGCCAGCUGUGAGCGUCUGUGUUUUUAUCUGACUCAGUGACCACAAAAAGCAAAUGGGCUGUGGAUUGUUCGUCGCUAUUGUUUGUUGCGGAAACUAGAUUUUAAUUCAGUAUUUGCUAGUGUGAUACCUGGAUUCUUGUUCUGGCCCAACCAAUGCUAUUCUGGCACAAACUUGUCGAAUUGCAGUUGAAAACUUUGAAAUUCAGGAAGGAGUCGCAGCACAGCUUUGUAUUCUUACAACAUGACUUUUUUUUGUCAAUUGCAGCAUGAAUUAUUACUCCGACAACGAAGGGAGGAGUUGAUGUAAGACUAAAUCGAAAACGGAAAGAGAACGCAGUCCUGUAAGGAUUGUAGGUUUAUGAUUCCGCGCUGGAGGUGUUCAGAAGAAAAAACAUGGGAUCUUUUCCCGACUUUCCAGUGCAAAACACAAAGAAAAGCAGACGCAGAUAAUGGUCGAGACUGAAGAUGAGCAUGACUAUGAGCCAAUCUGCAGAUGCAUGCACACUCACCAGCUCGAAUUGAGCGCCCGCUUACCAGCUUUUCUCCGCCUCCCAGGGGGCGUGACUAGUGCACGGCAUCCCUGCGGCUUUCUGUCAGACUGGCGUUGCAUAGAGGCGCCCCCUAAUGGAGCACGGUUGUGGUGACAGGGACCCAGAGGAGGUGGAUGUGGGCAGCCAUGGCGUGGCAGAGUUAGAGGGCAGAAGGGCGUCUGAAUCGGAGCGUGGCCGCUCUAAAAUCACCCACAAUGCCCUUGAAAACAUGGGCAUGCUGGGACAGGGUUUGAAGCAGCUCUUCCAGCACCCACGACGUCGCUCGUCCAUCUCACCCCAUGACAUUGGCUCAGCCCUCUCUGCUGCCUCCUCAGGUGGCCCUGCCACUGAAUCUCUGGAGGGGGGGCCACAGCCAGGGGAAGCUCCUGCCCCCGACACUGACCCCCACGCUCCGCCCCCCCCUGCAGCUCUGAGCCGCGUGCUGCAGCAGAUCCGAGUCGCUCCCAUGAUGAAGCGUGGCUCCAGCCUGCAGAGUCGCCGCAAGCCUGUUUCUGACCCCCCCACUAAGGGUAGCCCCCAGAUUCACCGCCGCAACACCCAGGAUGCUCUGCUGCAGGGUGGGCGCCCACGCUCCUCAUCCACCACUGACCCCUCCAGCAGCCUUGCCCUGGUAGACACUCUUCCACCAUCUGGAUACUCCCCGCCCAAUGAGUCUGACCGGCAGUUGGAUAAGUUGGAGAUCAGCGGUCUGGGCCUGUUGCCAGUGCCGGUGGGCAGCAGUACAGACAACACAUGUGCUGUGGAUGGAGUGGACAGCCCCCCUGACCCCCAGCGCAGCCGGCAGGCCAUUGCGCAGCUGCAGCAGAAGAUCCUGCGGCUGACAGAGCAGAUAAAGGUGGAGCAGACAGCGCGGGACGACAACGUGGCCGAGUACCUGAAGCUGGCCAACAAUGCAGACAGGCAGCAGAGCGCCCGCAUCAAGCAGGUGUUUGAGAAGAAGAACCAGAAGUCUGCGCAAACCAUCCAACAGCUGCAGAGGAAGCUGGAACUCUCCCACCGUCGGCUGCGGGAGGCAGAGCAGUGUGGCAUCGCCCGCCAGCCCAAACAUGUACUCCGUGACAUGCACCAGGGCCUAAAGGAUGUGGGGGCCAAGGUGACUGGUGGACUUUCCACCAUUUCCCAGGCAACACACUCGGCAGCGGGAGCAGUAGUGUCGAAGCCCAGGGAGAUCGCGUCACUCAUACGCAACAAGUUUGGCAGCGCAGAAAACAUCUCUGGCCUGAAGGAGGCGCUUGACGAGCCCCAGAGUGAGGAGGUGGUCAGUGGGGCACUGCAGCCCAGCCCCCGCUAUGGCAGUGAGGAUGAAUGCUCUAGCGCCACCUCCGAAUCUGCAGGGGCCAACAGCACCAUCGGGGCCCCCGGGGGCCCCCCCAGCUCUAAGACCAACACACUGGACAACAUGCAGACCUCAGGAUUAGAGAUGCUCUUCCAUGAGGUUCAGGAGAUCCACCAUGCCCAGAGCCAACUGGAAGAGUGCUUUGAGAGCCUCAAAGCACACUACCAGAGAGACUACCACCUCAUGAUGCAGGCCCUACAGGAUGAGCGCUACAGGUGCGAGCGCCUGGAAGAGCAGCUGAAUGACCUGACAGAGCUCCACCAGAAUGAGAUCCUCAACCUGAAACAGGAGUUGGCCAGCAUGGAGGAGAAGAUUGCCUACCAGUCAUAUGAACGAGGGAGAGACGUACAGGAGGCACUGGAGGCCUGCCAGACACGCAUUUCCAAGAUGGAGCUGCAACAGCAGCAGGUGGUGCAGUUAGAGGGGUUGGAGAACGCAGCAGGACGCCCCCUGCUGGGAAAGCUCAUUAAUGUGCUGCUGGCACUCAUGGCGGUGCUGCUGGUCUUUGUCUCCACCAUAGCUAACUGCACAGUGCCCCUCAUGAAGACACGCUUUCGCACAUUCAGCACCCUCCUCCUGGUGAUCCUGCUGGCCUUCUCCUGGAGAAACUGGGAUUCCAUUACACAAUACCUGGACUACUUCCAGCAGGAACUCAGAUGACCAGCAGGGGUCUCAUUGAGCAGGGGGCAAGAAGGAGGUGGAGCCAAACACAGAGUAACACCACUGCCUCUCAAACACUACUGAGCACGUGCAGGCGCAGCU